GUUUGAUAUAUUUAACAGAUGUUUUUGUUAUUUAUUUAAAAUUUGAAAAAAUGUAUGUUUUGCCUCUUUUCAAUUUUCUAUAGAUGACGAAUGAAUGGGUUAACAUGGGCAUCAAUGGGGUUUCUUGGUUAUUCGACACGUCACGUUUUUCCACCUUUUUCAUAUCCACUGCCAUUAUCGUAUACGCGUGUUUCAGAUCUCUGAACAACGAGAAACAAGAAAUCCUUCUGCUACCCAACGAUGAAACCGCGGAAGAUCGCGAGAAACUUAUAGAUCCCCCUUCCGAUCUCAAAGGCGAAGCGGCGGUGGCCUUGGAUAUGAAGGGCCACAAUGAACACUACCGCGAAAAUAAACUCGUCGAUGACAAAUACGAAAAUUUUCAAAUGCUGAACUCCACCCAAGCCCUGUUAUUGCCGCUAGGCGCCUCCGUUACGUUAUUGCUCAUGUUCUACUUUUUCGAUUCUAUGCAGGUAGCCAUGACAAUCUCCACGGCCUGUAUAGCCUGUUUGGCCUUCGCGUUUCUACUGCUUCCCUGUUGCAAAUUUUUCCUCAAUUCCGUAUCCGUAACGCUGCCGCUUAAAAAAUUGCCUUUUAAAGCCUUAGAUAAUUUUACGGUUACUCACGUUAUGGCUUUCCUUAUUUCCUUGUUUCUCGUAUUUAUGUGGAUCAAGACGGGCCAUUGGUUGUUAAUGAACGCCUUGGGUCUUGGCCUUUGCGUAUCCUUUAUAUCCUACGUCAAAUUACCCAGCCUUAAGGUUUCGAUCCUUCUCUUGUUCGGACUUUUGAUUUACGAUAUAUUUUGGGUAUUCUUUUCGGCACGCCUCUUCAAAAGCAACGUGAUGCUUCACGUGGCUACCCGAUCGGCGGAUAACCCGGCGUUUCUCUUAUUCCGUAAUCACCAUUUUGAGGGGUCUAAUUCUCAGCACCCCAGUGACGCUAAUCAUAACGGCAUGGUACCGAAAUUAUCGCUUCCCGUUAAACUCUUUUUCCCUAGUUCAAAAAAUUCUGGUCAUUUUUCGAUGUUGGGACUCGGAGAUAUAGUGAUGCCCGGGCUAUUACUAUGCUUCUUGCUCCGAUUUGAUUCUCAAAAAAACGACAAUCUGCCUUUAGAUCACAAACCGACCAGAAAAAAAUUGAGCUAUUUUCAGUGCUCGAUGAUAGGAUAUUUCAUAGGGUUAAUGAUAGCUACGUUAUCUUCCGAAAUUUUUAAAGCACCUCAACCCGCGCUCUUGUACUUGGUUCCUUUCACGAUAAUUCCCAUACUCAUCAUGGCCUACUUUAAAGGCGAUCUCAGACGAAUGUGGAACGAACCAUUUGUUUCCUUAAAAUAAUGAAAAAUUUAGUCCAU